CUCAUUCUCCACACGGUGGUGGUUACAACCCUAACGGCUCUGCAUUCAUACAGAUCAAUCCUAGUUCAUCUCAUUGGCCAGCACACGGCGGGGGUAUCCAACCAAGCUUCCCAAGUCCAGCAGGUGCAACUUUUGCAAAUAGUGCAGCCGCACACGGCGGUGCCUUCAAUCCCAGUUCCCCUUUUGCACCCAGUCCCAUAUUUACUCAACCUCAAACUGUUGCGGCGAGCCCAGUCUACAAACCUCAACCCGUUUUCUCUGUUCAGGAGACGCCCCCAACAGUCCAGUAUAUUGCCCGGCCAAACCCACUUGCUCAACUCUGCUCCUGUCUUCGGUAAAAGCGGCCACCAACCCAAAUAUGGUUCGCAACAUGGCUCAAGCCUCAAUUGAGGAGGUCUCAAGCCACGAGAAGCCGCGUACGCCGUAUGUUCCAAUGCGGAUGAGGGGAUACAAACAUUACUUCGACACAUAUACGUCCUGGAAAUGGCAUAGUCCAAUGGCGUAUCGUAAGCCUGGCCUGGGAUACCAAAAACUCGCAAAACACCGCCAUCGCGAUGCGUUCGAGCGCGAGUGGGUGGGCGAUUACGACGACCGCUAUCUCUCAUCAUGGGACGGCAAGGUCUCCAAGCUGGUCGUUCAAGCUACUGAUGAUAUCUACGACAACGACGUUACAUCCACGUAUCGUCGUACAUUCAUCCGAAAUAUCGCACCGGCAUUUCUGAGAUUGGCAAACUGGCCAUAUAAUCAUGUGGAUCCGGACAACAAUGAUGGAAAGCCCACCAGAGAAGAUAUGCCCAUGCUUUGCCUGAAAUGGUUCAUCACGUCACUCAUCAUUCCAUUGGUGAUAUCCAGCCCCAGCUCCGCGUCGAUUCCUCCCCGAAACGGAGGAAAUUACGACCCUGUUCCUUACAGAUACUAUGGAUACCCUAAGGUUACGCGCAAUGCUAUGGAACUCACGGCCCCGAGAGGCAACAGUAGUCUGAACCCGGUCACUGAACGUGUCCUACUCCCUCGAUACCUCUGCUUCCUCCGCGAGUUGGGCGAGCCAGCGUUAAUCAUGAACGUGGAGGACUGGAUCGCAAAGUAUCAGUCCGAUCGCAACUUGUCGUAUAUCUUCAUCGCUUACACCGCGGAGCAGUUUCAGGACAGCGAGGAUCUCAUGGCGUUGCACCAAAUAGCCGAUGCAGCCGCUCGUGAUGCUGGUGUGCUGGCAUAUUGGGUUGGCUGCUCUUGUAUGCCCGAACCAAACCAAUUGCAAGAAGACGUCUAUCGGAUCUGUGACGUGAUCCGAGGUGCUCAGUCUUUGGUCAUUGCUGUGGGACAGCCGCCGAACAGCGCGCAAGGCAUCAACACCACAGAUCUCAUGCUGCAGCAGUGGGGCGACCGGAUCUGGACAUUCCCUGAAGUCCUACUGGCGCCUGCGGGCAAAGACAUCAAAGUUUAUCUGCGAGGCGGGGACAUCGCACGGCCACUACCGAUCCCAAAGAACCAGUUUGCUGCCAAAGUGUGGAAGGAAGACGCACACAUCGCUCGCCAACUCAUCGAUCAUUACGAGGGCAAUCUCAUAUUGAGCCAGCUGGAGCUCGUGACUCUGGCACUCGAAUGUCUGCACAAGCGUAACACAUACCAAUACCUUCCUGGCGAUUACAGCUAUGCGUUGAUGGGUCUUGUGCGCAUCCGGCCUCGGAUUGACCCUACCGAUACAGCGUUCCAAGCCUUUGCACGUCUCUCCAUGGCAAACGGCAGCGACCAGCUUCUGGAGCGUCUGAUAUGCGUUCUCCCCCGGACUCCCGAUCAACCCUGGCAUUCCAUGGACGACGCCUAUGGCGCCAAGCUGUGGGAAAUACUGCCCGAGGGAGUCGAGACUGCGGGCAUUGGCCACGACGACACCGUCAUCCUGGACGGCUGCCGAGCCGCCAACGUGCGCUGGAAGUCGUUCACGCCGGUCGCGAACACGCGUCGAGAAUCGUGGGGACGUUGGAUUGCAGGCAAGUUACUGCGACUGAGCGGGCUAACCUACGCUAUUGGCAUCGUCCUCGCGGCCAUGCCAAACACCACGGGCGUGCCAGGCUUGACUCCAGUCCAGGGUGCGGGCGUCUUCCUCAUCAUCUACUCGAUCUUCCUAUCAUUUCUGUCGCCCUGGCUGUUGCGUGUGAUCUAUCUCGGCAAGUUCUGGGAUCAGCAGUGCUGGUUCUUCGGUGUCGAAGGGUACUUGCCCAUCGAGGCCAUUGAGUCGCAGAUCUUCGGCUGCAGACUCGGCCGCUUGCGAUGGACACCAUAUGCCAGCCCGCUGUCGCGACACAAAACCAACGAACACAAUGAGUGUGUGGCCGUUGAUCCAACGACAGACCCGGACAUCAAGGCCCUGGUUGAGCGGUCCAAGCACGCUGGACCCGGGGACCAGAGACUGUUCACUCUCGUCGACACAGGCAACAUGACAGUGACGUUAUUCCUCGCCGUCCACCCGCCAACCUGCUUCCUCAUGGCGGGAUCCGAGGGCGGCAUGAAGCGCAUCGUGGGCUGCUCGUACGACUGGACGACCUCAACCAUGUACCGAGAAACGGUAUUACGUAUGGAGACCCGGUUUGAAGACAAGAUGUCGCGGAUUGGCAGAGUCAAGGUCGGGUUUAGGCGUGCGCAGCAUCCAGUAGCGCCCCUCGAGCAUGUUGGCGAAGCGGCGGGGAUGAGGGUGGUGUGAGCUGCCGGUGUGACGCUUGAGUGAGGUAACGAGCAAUUCUCUUCAGUCUUACGAUAUGUCAGCGCAUGAGUUCUAGCUGUUUCAAUAUGGACAGAUCAA